UCGCCGCACUAAUGCUGAUAUUUCUCUCCAGCAUCACCAGCGGAGAGGAAGAGGAGGAGGAGGAGGAGGAGGGAGAGGUUGUGUCAGGUGGAAACGUGGACCUCUAUGGAUAUCAUCAUCACCCUCCACCGGCUCGCAUCCUCAGCACCGACAGCAUCUCCCGGCCCGCGGUCACCGCUGCAGGCACACAGCGCCCUUUUUAUGCGCCAAGGCAUUGCAUCUCCACGGUGGAGCCUCUGCGGGCUGCUGGCUUCAGUAAUUACCCGAAACAAACCGCUUCGUCCUUGUAAUAAUACGGACUAAUCGAGGGAAGACCCUGCCGGAAUAAAAGCGGCGCGUCAGAUUCCUCCAUUGAUAAACCGCUCUCCUCAUCGAUUCAGCCAAACGGUCGUCUUGGGUAUAAGAGGCGGACCAAAGCGAUCCAAAAAGACUGACGCUGAAGCUGAAGGGUGUCGGGCGCGAUGGCUAAUGCCUCCCCAGACCUGGACAACGCGGAAGCCCAGCGCCAGCUCAACAACAACAACCGACCAAGCAGCUCAGGAUUCUGGGAGACGGAGUGCACCAGCUCCAAGCUGUUCGAGUGCUCCCGCAUCAGGGCCCUGGCAGACGAGCGAGAUGCAGUGCAGAAGAAGACUUUUACCAAGUGGGUUAACUCCCAUCUGGCCCGAGUGUCGUGUCGCAUAGCGGACCUCUACAACGAUCUGAGGGAUGGAUACAUGCUCACCAGACUGCUGGAGGUCCUCAGUGGAGAGCUGCUGCCAAGGCCUACACGGGGUCGCAUGCGGAUCCACUGCCUGGAGAACGUGGACAAAGCCCUGCAGUUCCUUAAAGAACAGAGGGUUCACCUGGAAAAUGUGGGUUCCCAUGACAUCGUGGAUGGCAACCACCGUCUCACCCUGGGCCUCAUGUGGACCAUCAUCCUACGCUUCCAGAUCCAGGUGAUCAAAAUAGAGACGGAGGACAACAGAGAAACUCGCUCUGCCAAGGAUGCCCUGCUGCUCUGGUGCCAGAUGAAGACCGCAGGGUACCCUGAGGUCAACAUCCAGAACUUCACCACCUGCUGGAGAGACGGCCUCGCCUUCAACGCCCUCAUACACAGACACAGGUCCGACCUGAUAGAGUUCCACAAGCUGACGCGGUCCAAUGCAACCCACAACCUCCAGCAAGCCUUCAACAUCGCUGAGCAGCACCUGGGCCUCACCAAACUCCUGGACCCCGAGGAUGUGAACACAGAGAACCCAGACGAAAAGUCCAUCAUCACGUACGUGGUCUCCUACUACCACUACUUCUCCAAGAUGAAGGCUCUUAUUGUGGAGGGCAAGAGGGUCGGCAAGGUCCUAGACAACUGCGUUGAGGCGGAGAAGAUCGUCAACCGCUACGAGGCUCUGGCUUCAGACCUGCUGGACUGGAUAGAAAAGACCAUCGCGGUCAUCAGCAACCAGAAGUUUGCCAACUCGCUGACCGGAGUUCAGCAGCAGCUACAGGCCUUCACCACCUACUGCACCAUCGAGAAGCCCAGCAAGUUUCAGGAGAAGGGGAAUCUCGAGGUCCUUCUGUUCACCAUCCAAAGCAAGCUCAGAGCCAACAACCAGAAACCCUACGUGCCUCAUGAUGGGAAGCUCAUCUCAGACAUCAACAAGGCCUGGGAGAGGCUAGAGAAGGCAGAACACGAGAGGGGCGUGGCUCUGCGCAAGGAGCUGAUUCGUCAGGAGAAGCUGGAGCUGCUGGCUCAGUGCUUUGACCACAAAACCACUAUGAGACAAGCCUGGCUCAAUGAGAACCAGAGACUCGUAUCGCAGGACAAUUUUGGCUACGACCUACCAGCAGUCGAGGCGGCCAUGAAGAAACACGAGGCCAUUGAGGCGGACAUCGCCUCGUAUGAAGAGCGAAUCGGCGUGGUGGUGGAACUCGGGGCGGAGAUAGAGGCAGAAGGAUACUACGACAUCCGGCGUAUCCUGGCACGAAAGGAGAACAUCCUGGGCCAGUGGAGUCUGCUGAAGGAGCUGGUGGCUGGGAGGAGGACCCGGCUGGAGAAGAACCUGGCCCUGCAGAAGACGUUCCAGGACAUGGUCUACAUGAUCGACUGGAUGGAGGACACACAGGUCCAGCUUCUGUCCAAGGACUUUGGGAAGCAUCUCCUGGAGGUGGACGACCUGCUGCAGAAACACAGUCUGCAGGAAGCCGACAUUGCAGUGCAGGCCGAGCGGGUCGAGACGCUCAACACCUCUGCUCUCAAAUUCACCACGAUAGAAGGUUACCAACCGUGCGACCCACAGGUGAUCUGUAACCGUGUCAACCACGUCUCUACCUGUCUGGAGGAGCUGAAACAACUGGCAGAUAAAAGGCGCGAUGAGCUGGAGGAGUCGAGACAACUGUGGGCCUUCUUUCAGGAGCUGGAGGAGUCGGAGGCCUGGAUCAGGGAGAAGAGCUCCAUCCUGGGAGCUCAGGGUUACGGGAAGGACCUGAGCAGUGUGCUGAAGUUACUACAAAAACACAAGAACCUGGCUGGAGAGCUGCUGGCUCACCGGUCGCUGCUGCAGAACACCAUGAAGCGAGGAAAGCAGAUCCUGAGUGACAAGAGCUUUGGCACGGCGGGCAUCCAGGAGCGCAUCAUGGAGGUGAAGGGCGAGUGGAAGAGGCUGGAGGACCAGGCCGCGCAGCGUCUCGGCCACCUGCAGGAGGCACUCAACUUUUUCCAGUUCUCCACGGAGACGGACGACCUGGUGGCGUGGCUGCAGGACGCCUACCGCCUGGUCUCCAGCGAAGACUUUGGACAUGACGAGUACUCCACCCAGUCCCUUCUGAAGAAGCACCGGGGGGUCAGCGAGGCCGUUGACAAACAUCGUAUGCAUGUGGUGGCGCUGCGCAAACACAUGGUGGUGCUGCCUCUGCAGUACCGUGAACAGGAGGAGGUGCAGGUGCGCAUGGGAGAGGUGGAGCAGCUGUACACCGAGGUGGCUGAGGUGGCGGUGCUCAGACAGCAGUGGCUUCACGACGCCCUCGCCGUCUACCGCAUGUUCAGCGAGGUCAACGCCUGCGAGCUGUGGAUUGACGAGAAGGAGCAGUGGCUGGACAAGAUGGAGAUCCCAGAGAGACUGGAGGACGUGGAGAUGGUGGCGCACAGGUUUGAGAGCCUGGACCAGGAGAUGAACAGCCUGAUGGGAAGGAUCCUGGAUGUUAACCAGAUAGUUCAGCAGCUCCUGGAUGGAGGUCAUCCGUCCUCUACAGAGGUCAGAGGUUGUCAGGAUCACCUCAACUCACGGUGGAACAGCAUCGUGGAGCUGGUGGAGCAGAAAAAAGAUCAGCUGGACUCCAUGCUACGCCUGCAGAACUACCUGCUGGAGUGUGCCGAGAUCAAGUCCCAGAUCCAGGACAAGAGAAAAGCCAUCGACGCCACUCAGUACAUGGGCAGCGACCUGGGAGGAGUAAUGGCUCUGCAGAGACGCCUCUCCACCAUGGAGGGAGCCCUGUCUGUCCUGGAGCCCAAACUACUGCAUCUACAGGAGGAGGCGGAGCACAUGGCCACCGCCCACCCUGGUCGGGCCAUGGACGUUCUCGUGCCGUUUGAUGGCAUCAGCGUGGGGUGGGAGGAGCUGAAACGCACCUUGCAGGGCUGCGAGGACUCGCUGAUGGUGGCCAGCAGGCUGCAGAGCUUCAUACAGGACCUGGACUCUUUCCUCACCUGGUUGGUCCAGACGCAGACGGCCGCCGCCUCAGACCAGCUUCCCAACGACCUGGAAGAGGCAGAGAAACUCAUCAACAAACACGCGGCCCUGAAGGAGGAGAUCGGACGGUACGAGGAGGACUACGAGCGCCUGCAGGCCAUGAACGAGCUGCUGGAGUCCGAGGAGGCUCCCCUCCCUCAGGCCGCCCUGCAGCAGUGGCUCCAGAAGCUCGAUGUCGGCUGGAACAAACUCCUGGAGAUGUGGGAGAGCCGGAGAGAAGUCCUGGUCCAGGCUCACAUCUUCCACCUCUUCCUGCGGGAUGUCAAACAGGCCGAAUCCUUCCUCAACAACCAGGAGUCGGCCCUCGCCCACGUGGAGCUGCCCACCACGGUGGAAACGGUGGAAGCCGCCAUAAAGAAACACAAGGACUUCACCACCACCAUGGAGCUGAACCUACACCGGAUCAAAGCUGUGAUCGAGGCUGGAGAGAGUCUGAUCAGCCAGAGUAACAUCUACUCGGACCGCAUCAAGGAACGCAUCGACACCCUCGCCAACAGGGGGAACCAUAACAGAGAGCUGGCCCAGCAGUGGCUGGAGAAACUCAACGACCAGUGGGAACUUCAGAGGUUUCUUCAGGACUGUCAUGAGCUGGGCGACUGGGUGUGUGAGAAGAUGCUGAUGGCGAAGGACAGCAGCCGAGACGAGACCCAGAAGCUUCAUAAGAAAUGGCUGAAGCACCAGGCCUUCAUGGCCGAGUUGGCCCAGAACAAGGAAUGGCUGGACAAAAUUGAAAAGGAGGGCCAGCAGCUGAUCCAGGAGAAGCCGGAGCUCAGCGCGGUGGUCCGGAGGAAGCUGGAGGAGAUCAGGGAGUGCUGGCAGGAUCUGGAGUGCACCACCCAGGCCAAGGCCCGCCAGCUCUUUGAGGCCAACAAGGCCGACCUGCUGGUGCAGAGCUACGAAAGCCUGGACCAGAGACUGGGCCAACUGGAGGGUCAGCUAGCCUAUGUGGACCAGGGCCAGGACCUCACCACUGUCAACAAGCAGCUGAAGAAACUACAUACCAUGGAGAACCAGAUGGAGAUGUGGUAUAAGGAGGUGGGGCAGCUCCAGGUGCAGGUGGCCUCUAUCCCACAGCAGACACAGAUCAAGGAGACGGUUGCCGGCCGCCAAGCCGUUGUGGAGGCCAGGAUGGUGCGUCUGAUCGAGCCGCUGAAGGAGAGACGACGCAUCCUGCUGGCGUCGAAGGAAGUUCACCAAGUCGGACGAGACCUGGAGGAUGAGAUUUUGUGGGUCCAGGAGCGCCUCCCAUGGGCCAUGUCUCAGGAGCACGGCUCCUCUCUGCAGGCAGUCCAGCAGCUCAUGAAGAAGAACCAGACCCUUCAGAGGGAGCUGCAGGGCCACAGGAGCAGGAUCGACGACGUCCUGGAGAGGGCGGGGAUCAUCGCCACCAUACGCAGCCCGGAGGCCGACUGCGUCAGGGCGGGCCUGGACCAGCUGGCCCAGCUGUGGGCUCUGCUCUGGGUCGAGACCGAGAGGAGGCAGCUGAUCCUGGACGCCAUGUACCAGGCCCAGCAGUACUACUUCGACACGGCCGAGGUGGAGGCCUGGCUGAGCGAGCAGGAGCUGCACAUGAUGAACGAGGAGAAGGGGAAAGACGAGCCGAGCACACUGCAGCUGCUGAAGAAACACUUGAUCCUGGAACAGACCAUCGAGGACUACGCCGAGACCGUCGGCCUGCUGUCACAGCAGUGUCGACAGCUGCUGGAGAUGGGCCAUCCAGACUGCGAGCAGAUCAGCAAGCGCCAGUCUCAGAUCGACCGUCUGUACGUGUCUCUGAAGGACCUGGUGGAGGAGAGGAAGAGCCGCCUGGAGCAGCAGUACUGGCUCUACCAGCUCAACAGGGAGGUGGACGAGCUGGAGCAGUGGAUCGCUCAGAGGGAGGUGGUCGCCAGCUCGCCGGAACUGGGUCAAGACUACGAGCAUGUCACCGUCCUGCAGGAGAAGUUCACAGAGUUCGCGUCAGAGACGGGCAGCGUGGGGCAGGAGCGGGUGACGGCUGUCAACCAGAUGGUGGACGAGCUCAUCGACUACGGCCACUCGGAGGCCGCCACCAUCGCUGAGUGGAAGGACGGGGUGAACGAGGCCUGGGCCGACCUGCUGGAGCUCAUGGAGACCCGGGCGCAGAUGCUCGCCGCCUCACACCAGCUGCACAAGUUCUUCUCCGACUGCAGAGAGGUGUUGGCCCAGAUCGAGGACAAGCACCGACGGCUGCCGGAGGUUCGGGCUCGGCAGGGCAGCACCGCCAACACCAAUGCCCUGCAGAGACUCCUGCAGAGCUUCGAGCAGGACAUUCAGCUGCUCGUCACGCAAGUGCGUCAGCUGCAGGAGAGCGCGGCCCAGCUGAGGACGGUGUACGCCGGCGAGAAGGCCGAAGCCAUCGCGUGCCGCGAGCACGAAGUGAUGCAGUUGUGGAAAGAGCUGCUGACGUCCUGCGAGGAGUGUCGGGUGCAGAUCACCACCGAGACGGACAAGCUGAGGUUCUUCAGCAUGGUCCGAGAUCAGAUCAUGUGGAUGGAAUCGAUCAUCUGUCAGAUAGGGACAGGAGAGAAGCCCAGGGACGUGUCCUCAGUGGAGGUGCUGAUGAAUUACCACCAGAGUCUGCAGAGCGAAGUGGAGGCUCGCAGCCGGAGCACCCUGGAGUGUAUCGAGAUGGGCAAAACUCUGCUGGCUGCUCGAAACCCAGCGGCUGAAGAGAUCAAGGAGAGGCUGGACAAGGUGGUGUCUAAGCAAUAUGAGCUGUCUGAGAAGUGGGACAAGCACUGGGAUUUCCUACAGCAAUUGUUGGAGGUUCACCAGUUUGCCCAGGAGGCGGUGGUGGCGGAGGCGUGGCUGACCGCUCAGGAGCCGCUCAUCAGCAGCAACGAGCUGGGCGCUAGUGUAGACGAGGUGGAGCAGCUGAUCCGUCGACACGAAGCCUUCCGAAAAGCCGCCGCCACCUGGGAGGAGCGAUUCAGCUCACUACGGCGACUCACCACGGUAGAAAAGUUGAAAGCCGAGCAAAGCAAACUACCACCGACUCCUCUUCUGGGUCGCAAAGUCUUCCUGGACCCUCUAGAUGCCUUGCCCAGUGCGUCCAACCUCCCCCGUCUCCCGAUCUCCCCCGUCAUGAGGCAGACCAUCUACGAGCAGAACGAAGCCAACUCCCCUCCCUCGCCGUCGCCCGCCACGCCCACACCCUCUCCCUCGUCCGUGGCUCGUCGGCUGGGGUCGAUGGUCGCCAACUACACCCCUGUGAUGAACGGCUCCAGCUACCGGCAGACGCUGGAGGCACGACACGGCAUCGUGGGCGUGGGGCUGGGCCAGCCCGCGCCAUCCUCCAUCGCCUCGGUUGCCACGGCGGCCAUGCUGGUUUCGGCCAACCAGGCGCGAGAGAGCGUCGGCACGGCGAGAGACCAUGCGACCAAGCCGAUGAGUCACCUCCAUCCAGCGCAGGCGGCGAGGACGCUGGAGGCAAAAACGUCCCCGUAUCUGCGGCAAGCCAAAAUCAAACACUUGGACGACGCGGUGACGCCGCUGAUCGUGGCCAGCCGGCUGGAGAAAGCGAGGGAGAGGGAGAGAGACAUUAUGAUGGGGGAGAUAGGGACGGAGAGAGCGGAGGUGGCUGUGAUGGCCGAGGUGGUGCUCCAGGAGCCUCCGAGCAGGGAGCGCCUGCACAGCGAGCCCACCAGAGGGCCGCGGGGGUCCAGGACCGACCCGCUGGGCCAGGCUGAGCCCCAGGUCCAGACCCACGGCCACCAAAGGGAGCACAAGAUAGAGCGGCAGCUGUCCAGCGAGCAGCUGAUCCAGGCACGCAGGGACGAGCUGCCUCAAGAGGUGUGGAGGGAACAGGCCGAGAGGCGGGAGAGACGGACGCUGGAGAGGCAAACGUCCAGCGAGCACGAGGGCCAGGGGGGCCACGAGGGCCGGCGGAGAGAGAGAGACCGACACCGGCUGGACAGACAGGAAUCCAGUGAGCAUGACACCGGGAAAGAGCACUCAGACAGACGCUCAGCAGGAGGAGAAAAGAGAUCCACCAUGGCAGAGAUUGUAGAGCAGCUGCAAGAAAGAGAAGCAGCACAGGCCCGUGGCGAGGUGCCCCGCCUGCCCAACGGGGUACCGGAGAAACCUUCCCGUCUCGACCGACCCCGAGCUCGGGACAGGCCCAAACCACGGCGUCGGCCGCGACCCAAAGAGGCGGGAGAGACUACGCGGCGGUCCAGGUCCGCUCCGGCCCAGAGCAGCCCGGCGGUCCCCCAGCCGCCCGCACACACCGCGCACCACGAGGGCUUCCUUUUCCGCAAGCUGGACAUCGAGACCCUGAAGAAGAGCACCAAUAGCAGGUCAUGGGUCAACCUGUACUGCGUGCUGAACAAAGGGGAGAUGGGCUUCUACAAGGACGCCAAGAACACCGCCACGCCCUACAACAACGAGCCGCUGCUCAACCUCUCCCACUGCCACUGCGACGUCACCAACGGCUACAAGAAGAAGAAGAACGUCUUCACGCUCAAAACGAAGGACGGCAGUGAGUUUUUGUUUCACGCGAAAGAUGAGGACGACCUCAAGGUGUGGGUGACCAACAUCACCGCCAGCAUCACGGAGCACGAGGACAUCGCCAAAUGGGGUCAGCCCCAACCAACUACCUCAUCCACCGACGAGGGCACGCGGCGCGACGGCAGCAAGGCGGACAUCCAGUCAGAGCGGGGCGGCGAGCGCUCGGACCGCGCCGAUCGGAUCGAGAAAGCGGAGAAAGAGAAAGAGAAGGAGAAAGAGAAGGAGAAGGAGAAAGACAAGGAGAAGGAGAAAGACAAGGAGAAGGAGAGGGGCGAGCGGUCGGAGAGGUCGGAACGGGGAGGGAAGUCAGACUCGAAGCGCUCGGAGAAGUCCGGUAAGAAAAAGUGAGCCGGGUGACGGAAUCGGUCGGGAUUGAAUCGUACGAACUCCGGAUAUGGGGGCGGGGCCGUAGACUGGUAGUGAACGCCCCACCCCCCCGCCCUUCUCUCCGCCUCCAACACUGUCAACACAGCGGUCGAGUUUGGAUGGGAAGUGACACGCAGUACAGAGGGACUGACCCAGGCUUUACUCAUAGGACGGACAGGACGGAUUCGGAGCAGGAGACAUCGAUCUCUCUCUCUAUCUCUCUCUCUAACUCUCUCCUUCUUCUUCUUCUGUGUUUCUGUGAGAACACACAGAGUCACUGACACUCCGCCCACGCCCCCUCUGGUGGCCGUUUCGGAGAACUGCAAGAGAGAGUUUCGCGCUGCUGACCCCCCCCCCCCCUUGCCUCCGGGGGCGGCGUUAACACGCGAGAGAGUGACGGGACGCGCGUCUCGUUAACGCGAAGGCUGUUUCUGAUUGCCGGUAUAGUGCGAUGCGACGUCGCUCAUUCUGUUCCAUGUUUGUUUGUUUUUCUAUGAGAUGAGCUGUAACCAUAUGUAUUUCUCGUCCGUCUGUCCUAUCUACUGUAUCUAUCUGUCUGUCUGUAAGUCGAGACAUCCUACACUAUGUCUUAUUACUCCUCUGAAAGAGAAUGAAAAUUAUGCCAAAAUGUUUUACAGACAUACAAACUUAGAGAAAGUCAACGAUUUCCUCCACUUUGUCCCAUCCGUCUGGAAGGUCUGGCUGUGGGGAAAAAACAAAAAGUGGAGGUGACUCUGGUUUUACUUUGAUACCAAACAGCCCUGGAACCACGUUCACCGUGGACGAGUCAACACUGACAAACGGCUCCAGUGAUUCUAGUGAAACGAUGAUGAUUUAAGACAAGAGAAGAGUAGAUGGCCGAGGCGAUGAACUUCAGAACAAUCAGGGAAAAGCAGAAAAAUGUGUCAUAGAAAUACAUCCAAAGGCUUGGAAUCCUUUGGAAUUAGCUUAAAAUGUUGAAAAGAUCUGCCUGACAGAGAAGCUUCCCGUCAUUUACUUCGCAUUGAUUUUGGAUUUUAGAGAUUUCUGCAGGACAGAUGAGUCACAAGGUGUUUAACCUGUUCAGCAUAAAAUCACUCCAUGAUACAGUCACUGCAGAAACUUUGGCUCUCAAGACUCAUUUAUUUUUAAAAAAAACACAUGUACAGUUCUUGGAUCAGUGAUCAGAAAGAGAACAAACUCAUUUAAUGGUAGACUGGCUCUCAGGGGCCUCAUUCGUUUUAACUCAUUUUUUUUUUAAACAACACACAAAAUUCAUAUUUCGGGAAGCUGUAGAGGCCAAGAUUUCAUUUUUGAUGCCUCAAAGGAAAUUAAUGGACUUCAGCAUAACCUGCUGAUUUUAGCAUCAGGAUCAGCUCUCCAUUCAUUUCACGUUUGGCUUUGGUCAUAAGCACAAAAUCUGCGGCUGGCAUGUUUUUAAUGAAUGAGGCCUCAUCUACUCUUUUAUUCUCUUAUAACAUCAAACUACUCGUUGGAUAUUUUCUUUGAUUUAUUCACACAAAUCAGGUGCAUCCUUUUUUUUCUUUACAGAAUUAAAAAUAUGUAGUUUUUCUGCGUGUGAUUGUGUGUGUGUGUGUGUGUGUGUGUACCGCUGCUCUCUGCUCCCAGGGUCCUCAUAGCGCUCAGGAUAUUUAUGUUGGUGUGUUCUUACCGCGUGCUUUGCUCAUUCAUACGCUCGUCCCCUCCGACGCCACCUUAGUCUUCCAGACACGUCCGAUCCAUAACACACACACACACACACACACAGAAGAAUAUAACUCAGCAGGUUAAAAUGUUAAAGGUUAUAAAGAGUGUAAAAGGUCAUCAAACUGUCCAGGUUCAACAUCCCAUCAGUGAAGACGGGAAUGAGUGAAUGAGUGAAUAAGUGAAUGAACUGACACGGCGUCGAGAGGAUAUCAGACACACCAAAUAUUUAGAAAAGUCUGGAAGUUGUGAGACUGCAUGUUCUGCUUAAAAGGAGAAAUCAUUCGUUGAUAGAAGCUCGUCUUUGCAGCCCGCUUGGCUCGGCAUCCACGCAUCGGUUUGCAUUAAACUCACCACGAAGCCAUAAACGACGAAGAAGAAUGGUCAGAGGAGUCUACCACAUAACAGUAAAUGCAGCUGGGGAGUUUUUGGGAGGCACGAGCCGUGGUGGCUGAUGGGUAAACUAAAGUUACUGGUGGGAGCAUCCUGGGCGGACGGCAUUUAAAAAAAAUUUUUUUUAAACCUUUCAAAUACGAAUGCUGUUUCGAUAUCACUGGUGCUGUAUGAAAACCUUGUUCAUUUGUUUUAUUCUUUUAGUUAAAGUCCAGUUCAAAUCGCUGCUGCAGCAUACUCGCAUACAUGCUCUGUAAGUCACGUUCUCCUUUGAAAAAAUAAAUCUGAAAACCAAAAUGGAGAAAUAUAAAUGUCAUAUUUUUGGUUUCAUGAUGGCGAAUGGUAUUUGCAUUUAAUUUAGUUUUCCGUCUUCUUCCGUGAUGUCUUUUCUCUCGUAAAGCUGAAAAACACUGGUUAAAAGGUCUUCAGACAAAGCGUUCAUCUCACCUUUUAUGUCACUGUUUUCAUGCAGUGAGUUAAAGUAGGUUUUCUUCGGGAAUGGGCUCAUCUGAAAACACCCACUGGCACUUUACAGCCACAAGAGGCACCACUGAGCCCAUUCCACACUCGAAAACCCACUUUGACCAGAGACACAAAGGUUUAUGCUUUUUUUCUACCGUAAGUGUUUUCAAACAGUGUUUUUCAGUUUGAAGGGUGAAAACUGACGGGUUGGUCGUCUGGCCUUCUGGGGGGCUUACUCUUAAAUACCACCACGAACAAGUACUGGAGCUAAAUCUGCCUUUUUCCACCUUUCUUUAAAUAAUAGAAAAACUAUCGACAAUGACUUUAAAGAGAAAACUGACUUUAUUACUGAUUAUUUGUGUUUUUCAGUGUGAUUUCAGUUGGACUUUAAACUUACGCUCUCCUCUCUGAGCAACCUGUAGCCCAACUAUCCCACUCAGAAUUUGUUCAGUUUUACCUUUUUUUCUUCUUCUUUUUUAGGGUGUAGGCUACCUUAUUUAAUUUCAGUAUUUUAAAUUCUAAAAACAUGUCUCGAGAGCUGUAACUUUUCUUUAAUCCUGUUUUGAUUCCAGCACCCUUUAUGCAUCUAAAUUAGGUGUGAAUGCCAGAUCAAUGCAAUCGUUUCACAUGCAUGUCGGACACAACAGAGUCAGAAGAGGUGAGUUUUGAUCGCGCGAAUCUUCCACGUGUGCAGCCACGCGGCAGUGCUCCGCUGAGGGAUUAUGCCUCUAACAGCGUAAUGAACACUUCGUUGCUGCAGAUGCACACGGGACCCAAAACACGCAGGGUACAGAUAGCAGUACAGCAACCAUUCUACACAGCAGACAACCACACAGGCUCAGCUUUGGUUUAGAAUGGUUUGGAUGGUACCCUGCCGUCCGCGCUGUUCUGUUCACUCCAAACCUCAGUCUGUCGGCCGGGAUGAAAUGACGAAUAAAAUACCUUUUGGUUUAUCAUUCAUGUGUUUAUAGUCAGCGUUUUUCUUUUUUUCAUCUGGAAAUGAAUUUAAAAACGUUGAGUUCAGUUUGGAUGCAGCUCUGUGUUUGCUGCUGCUCUCUGAAAACAGAUAACAGAAAAUGUACAUUAAACCAGAAACAAGAACAUUCAGUCAUUCAGCUGCUAACAUGAAACACCGUUUCAGUCUUUGUCGCAUCUUGUGCACCAAAACCACACAGCAGUAUGCAGUCAUUUAUGAGGAUUUCAGAAGUGUUUGUACCAGAAUGAGUAUUGUUGAUGAUGAUGAUGAUGAUGAUGAUGAUGCCCAUGGUAGCAAUGCACUGAAACUAUAUGCAACUUUUUCUUUGCACUAGGGACGCCGGCCUGUUGCAGAGUUGAUGGUCAGUGGUGUUUGGGGCUCCAGCGGAGCCUCUCGUGAGCCUCUCGUGAGGCAGAAGAAAGUUUUAUUUGAAGCCGUUUUCAGGAUCAGUUUGUAAAAAAAAACAAUCCGCCAAUUCAUCAACAGCAAUUUUGAUAAUCGAUUCACUGAUCCGAGUCAUUUUUUUAAGCAAAAACUCAUUUGGUUCGACCCUCUUUGAAGAUUUGCCGCUUUUUUCUGUUUUUAUAACAUAAUAAAGUGAAUAUCUUUAUGGCCAGCUGCUCAGACAAAACAUGACAAUAAAAGACGACACCUUGAGCUCCAUGGGAAUUGUUUGAUAUUGUUUUCUAAUGUUUUAUAGACUCAACGAUUUAAUUGAAUUGAAUUCAUGCGUUAUGUCAAACUUCAGUUCUGUAAAGAACAGCUGUAAAACUCAACCGUCACAUUCUACAGACAGCAUGUGUUGAUACUGUUUACGUGUUGCAUAUCACGCUCGUCAUUCGUCACACACCGCCUGGAAUGUAUCAUUUACAAAACACUUUUGAAUAGGGCUCAGACUACAGCGACCACAAUCAACCUUCAGUUUCUGAGUAUAAUUAUUUAAUUUUUUUAAUCUAGCAUUACAUUUUUAUAUGUUUCUGAGGACAA